AUGUUAUUCGAAUACCCUCAACAACCUGCCUUUAUUCAAAAAUACGAACUCAUCAAACAAUUUUUUGUCUAACUUCAAUAAGUAAGACAAUGUGAAUAAGGAUCCAUUCCAUCCUCAAAAGUUGAUAGGCAAUAAGAAAUAGAUAAAUAAAAUUCAAAAGCAUAAAUAACUGAGGAAUCUCUUAAGUAUGAUGACUCAACAACUUCGAGACAAGUACCAAAACAAAGAAGAGCUGUCUAUAUCACAAAGAAAUCAGAAUAAAGAAAGUCAAAAGAGAUAGCUACUCUUCCAAUAAGGCCAUCAGAUAUCAUGAUGAUUGAAUAAUAAAAAGAAAAAAUUGAUCAAUUUUGCUAAGAUAAUAAGAUACUCUAUGAAAAUAAUAGAGAAUGCAUGUACCUCAUUAAGAAGAUGGCUAAAAUGAUUAAAAAACUAAAACAAUAAACAUGUUAAGAUCACUUGAAUAGUAUAGAGCAUUUAUAAUUGAAAUUAAGAAUUAAGGAUGCUGAAAUUGCAAAGAAGAACGAAUGUAUUCAAUAAAUAAGAGAAAAAUACAAUCAAAUGAUGAAAGUUAUCGAAGAACAUACAAUACAAGAGGAAUAGCAAUGGCAAGAAAUCUAAGCAUAAUAAAUUGAAUUAGAAACAUAGAAUCUCUUUUUGAAAAAACUACUAUCUGUAAAUUUCAGCGACGAGUAGAUAAAAUAGUUGGAAUAACAAUAAAAUGAAGUAGAAUUACAAUUCUUUGAUAAUUUCUGUAUUUCAAGAAAAGACUUAGACAAAUAGGCAAUUCUAGAAUAUGAAAAGAUGUUGUAAAAUAGAAAGUCUUAAAUUGAAUAAUAAUAUGUUGAUUGGAACAUGGCUCAAAUAAACUCACACUAUUAAAAUCAAUAGCCUAUGCAUCAACCUUUGUAGGAUUUGUAUGCUGAAGAGAAAGAAAUGAUGAUGAAGAAAUAAUCUAAUCAACUUAUGAGUCAGGAAGACAAACAGAGGAUAAUGGAAGAUUUGAUGAAACCCAUUAAUUCAUCCAAGUAACAACAGAUAAAUGUUUAAGAAGUUAAACAAAAAUAGUUGGACAUUCUUUCUGGAUCAUCAUCGAAUAGUUCACUACAAAAAAAACAAUUAUCAGAGUAAUCUCAAUAAUAGCCUAAGAAAUUAGCCAUAGAUAUUGACACUAAGGAAAGCAUUCCUUAAUCAAUUGUGAAAGAGACUUAGGCGGAGAAUAAGUUGUCAUCAAAAGAAUAACUAUUGAGCUCUCUCAAUCAAGGUUGGGAAAAACUGAUUCAAAAAACCUCUAAUUAGAAAAGGUAUUAGGACUAUGAUGAGGAAGGUGAUUAGGUUAUCACUUAUAAUCCUAAAAACCACAUGUAAGAUAUAGAGUUUAAGAGUAGGUUUACAAAUUCCUAAACAAUCAUGUAUGAAGGAGAUGAUUAUAUGGAAGACGAUGAUGAAGAUGAUGUGCAGGUCUAUUAAAACAUUUUUAAUUAGCAGAGUAAACAAUUACAAAAGCCUACUCUUACUAAAACACAAAAGAAUUAAGAACUAUAAUAUUAGUGA